UGGUCUUCAAAACAAGCUUGCUUUAGUGUUGGUGCAUGAGUCAAAAGUUCACUUAAAUGACAUGGCUACUGUGCUGCUUUUAAAAUGGCAAAAAGACAGGUUCAAAUAAUUUGUGGCUAUUUACACUUUUGCAAAGCACAGGGCUGUCACUCUAGCUUUGGCUUGUUUGGUAUAACCUCCUUGUGGCUGAACUUUUAUGUUAAUAAUUUUUAAAGCUGAUUGACUUUGAUGAGCUUCUUCGAAAGUAGGCCAUCUUUCAAGACGCUUCAAAUUAGCCACCCCACUGACAUACUGAGAGCAUCUGCAGCCCUCAAAUUUGUCUUUAAAGGCUUACUUUUAUGUGGUUGCCUGGUUUACCACACUGUAUGGUAUUUAGGUCCAUAUACUGUGGUAUGAAUGUGCAUGUUUUCCUCAUUUUCAGAGCUUCUGUCUCAGAAGUAUGCUUUCCUAAUAGCACAUGUUUUGACAUGGCAGUGUGGAAUCCUAUGCUAUUAGCUUUCAUGAGUGGCAUUUAGCAAGCGAUGGCUUGUGCUUUUAGUGCAUCACUAUGGGCAGCGCUGUUGCAUGCUGGGUGUCAAGGCCCAACAUCACUCCAAGGAGUAUCCCACAUGCUGGGAUGUUUAACAACAUUGGCUCUGUGUCUGAUUCAGGCAGAGGACUGCAAGGUCCUCUUCCAGUCGCAUCUCCACUCACGAGGAAGCGUAUCAUUCAGCAGCUGCUGGUCGGCGACCUAGCAGACCUGGCUGAUGAGGGUCUGUAUCAGCUCCUACCAAGUGGCUCAGAGAAGCUCCAGGCUGGCAAGAGGAAAAGUCUCAAGAACCCAAAGAGUGAGACUCUGGCCAAAUCCAAACACCAAAUGAUGAGUCCAUCCCUUUGGAAGAAGAGCCAGACCAACCACUAUGUGGGAAAGUCUGGGCUGGCCGAAAACAUGCUGUGCUUCGUCUCACUGGAGCAGAAAGUUUUCCAUCAGCUCAAACAGUCCCACGCUGAGAAUCAGCUGGUUCAGGCUCUCAAAGAUGCAGUUUUCCCUGAGCUCAACCUCAAGAGCUACCUGGACUGUAAGUCAGACUUAGCUCUCCCCACCAUCAGAUAUAUUCUCCGCGGACGACCCACAGAUGAGGCUUUUGAGUUAGAUCGCUCUCUAACAAGAGCCUUGAAGAAUCAAAGGAAGACGUCCACAGCAAUUAAGCAAAGUGUGCCGGUGACAAAGUACAGCAGUCUUUCCCCAGCUACUGUUCCCAGGAAACCACACAGCCAGGGUUAUCCACAUCCUUGGCUUCUGCCAAUGGAGUGGGAAGACUAGAAAGAUUCCUGACAUAGCUGAGACUCACAUUGUCACUUUCUGUAGCAGACAUCAGCUGUGUGAGCCACAAUGAUAGACUAAUUUUCCAGCCAUUCCCUGCAUUAAUCUAACCAGUCUCUGCUUAAUGUAUUUAUUGUUUCCAGUAUGUGCACAUAAUUAUACUUUUCAUCAUAAAAACAUAACCUCAGUUACAGAACCUGUCAUCAGCAGUGGUACUGUGCUCAAUACUGUAAUAGGAUUGUAAUAUAGCACAACAAUCUCAAUAUUUAUAUUUAUGUCCUGAAACAUCGGAGAAAUGUUUACAUCAGGGCUUCAGGCAUGUUUGCAGAUUCUUGCUGAGCUGAAUAAGGUUUUUAUAUGAACUACAAAAUAAGCACACAUUUCUGGCUUGACAAUCUAUAUGCGUCAAGGUACAUGAAGUAUGCAAAAUUUCUGACUAGGAACAUUUAUAGUGUUAUACAGUACGCCAAGUUCACUUCCAUAGUACGGUAAUUGUCCAGCUAUGCUAGUAAUUAUUGCCUUACAGAAUAUGGAGAUGCAGCUAAACCAAAAGAAUUUCCGAAAGCUUCAGCGCUUUAUGUAACUUCACUUUCUUCUUCACAGUUUGUGUUUCUUUUCAAAUUUCCAUUUACAGUAAGUAAAGUAGCCCGCACUAUAUAUAAGGAACUAUUUUCAAUAAAAGCAUCAUACUUGAAUCAUACAUGGCAAACGUCUUCCCUAAUUGCACCGUUUCACUCUGAACUUACAGGACUGUUAUUUUCUGUUAUUUUGUUUGACAUGCUAGCUCUUUGCAGAUUCACAGAAGUCUGGCGGCUCUUUCAGCGAACCUUAUCCAGCACUUAUGACAGAGAAACUACAUGCAUAGAGACUCGGUGUUAUAUUUACAUUCUAUACAUUUAACUUCAAUAUUUAUACAGGCAGAGGAUGUAAAAGAUGGGUGGUUUGGAAUUGCACAUUUUUUAUCAGAGGCAACCAGAAAUUGUCUGUACCAUUGAGAGGUUUUUGACUUCAGUAAACUGCACGGUAUCUUCCGUAGUGUGUGGUUUCUUACAUUUUAACAGUCAAGGGUUUGGCCUGUGUGGGGAAGUCCAAUCAUGAUGCAAGUGAAAAAGUUGUGGUUAAGCGCGUCAAGAGAUUUGCACAUACUCUGGCCAUAUAACUGAGAUGUUUGCUGUGAUAAUGUUAAAUAAUGUGACAAGCAAAACUCGCUUUGAGAUGACAUGGCCUUAAAAUGAUUGUGUAACACCUUGUUCAUAAUAUCUCUGUGGGUCCAUCACUGAGAGGUUCACUACUAUCAUUACAAUUCACUUGUUUUCUCUGUCUGCUCUGAACUUCCCUGAACACUUUAACUCUGUCCCUCUAAUGGCAUCUGAUCUGAGGUGUCUCUGUUUCUUCUCUUUCCCUCUGU